AUCCAAAAAUGUCAUCAGCAAGCCCCCCAAUAUCCCCAUCCCGUUUCGCUUCCGCCCUAAAAGACCUCCCCCUCUCAACCCUACACCUCAAAGCCGCCGAACUCCGCAACAGCAUCGCACACCUCGACUACUCGAACGAACAACUAAAACCGUUCGCAGAGAGCGAGCCUCCGGACCAGGAUUGCGUAGAUGCCAUUCGAGAAAACGAAGUAGUGAUCACACGCAUGACAGAUAGGAUUCGAUUGCUGAGAGUGGAGGUAGAGGGGCGGGGGAGCAGUUGGUUGGAGUUUAGGAGUCAGGAGGAGGUCGCGGAGGCGUUGGCGAGGGAUGGUGGGAGUGAUGAGGAGAGGCUGGUUAAUGGAACUGGAACUGGAACUGGAACUGGGAUGGGGGAGGGGGAAGAGAGGAGCAGUGCGUGGGCGGAUGGGACGUUUCAGACGGGACGGAUUGUUAAUGGGGAGAUUAGAAUGGAUGGGAAUACUGGGGCUGAAGUGGUGGGUAAUGGGACUGCUACUGCUAACGGGACUGCGAAUGUAAAUGGUACUGGUGGAAGGCUAGAUGAUGAGGCGUUGAGUAGAGCUAUGGAAGAGAGAAUGAGAGGGUUGGAAGAGGAUGAUGAUGAGGAGGGUAUGCAUCUAUGA